UUUCAUAACAUAAAAAUGCUUUUGCAUUAAUGCAAAUUUCAAAACUAUUCGGCUGUGUCGUUUGUCGUCGCAUCGUAACUCCAAAACAAACUUUCAACACCAACAUUAUAACCACGUGAUCAAUUACAUCAAAACCGCUAAUCGGCAGCACUUAGUUACGAGAGAAUUUAACGAUGGCUUCACUCAGUUGGUUUGUGAUCUUUUUCUUCAUUAUAAAAGUUACAAGCGUACGAAGAAAUCCUUGGGAAGGCAUGGAUAUAUACUGCAAGCCUGAGACGACUCAUGUUAGAGUCGAAGAAAGUGGCUGCGUAUCAGCGAAACCGGUUCCCUUGCAAUACUGUCGUGGAAAUUGUAGAUCUGCUACAUUGUAUGAGCACAAGUACCCUUACUACAGAUCCGUCUGUCAGUGCUGUAAAGCUAUCCAAGAAAGAGCGAAAUUCAUUUCCUUGGAAUGUCCAGCAGUUAACGGCAAAAAGACGUCAAAAAUUGUUUAUAGAGACACAGUGACGAAGUGUGCUUGUGCAACAUGUAAAAUGAAAAAAAAGAAGUGAACACGCCAUGUAAGCCACCAUGAAUAUAAGCGCACCGUAAUAAAGUUAUUUAAACAUAAUUGGCGAACCAACGUGACAAGAGAAGAGUACUUUAAAAUCAAAACAGCAGUUUGUAAAUGUGUAUCUUAAAAUAAGCCACAGUAACAUAAGAGAUAUUUUUACAUAUAUAUCCAUAAUGAUAUUCCAUAAAGAAUUCUCCGAUGUAUACUUCUGAGCAGCUAAUUGGCUUUUGUCAGGACUUAAUGUAAGAUGAUAAAAUGAUAUUUAAAUAUUCUUGGCGAGGUCAUUAGCAGACUAGACAACCACGUCGUAAAAAUAUUUUACAUGCUUAUCCAAGCUUCACAAAAGUUGGAUUGUAAUGUUGAUUUUUCUGUAAUUAGUAUUUUUGUAAAAAAAACUUACAUGCGGAACAA